CAUCGUCUCCACCUUCCUCCUGCGUCCUGGGGUGGGACGUCCUGAGCUUGCAGACAACCCGGGUGCCCCAGCCAGGAGCCUGUACGGACACGGACACCUCCCGUUCGGGUACCACCUUGCCAGGACAUCCACCAAAGGAUGGGUUCUGCUGCAAGGAGAUGGGUCUACCUUCCCCUGGGCUGCCUCAUGCUGUUCAAUCUCACAAAUGCUGACUUUAAAUUUCACAAAGGAGUGCUAGCCAGCAUCAGUCCGGGCAUCACAGAAGAUGUAGAUCUUCUGUGCUGGAACACAUGCUCUCUCACACUGAUAGACCUCAAGGAACUCAAGAUAGAGCACAACGUGGAUGCCUUCUGGAAUUUCAUGUUGUUCUUGCAAAAAUCUCAGCGUCCUGGGCAUUACAGCAUCUUCUUAAACAUAGCCCAAGACUUCUGGGAUAUGUACAUAGACUGUUUACUUUCAAGAUCUCAUGGAAUGGGCAGAAGACAGGUAGUAUCUUCCAAGUAUAAUUUUCCACAGAAAAUGACAAGAGGUGAUUUGAAAGUAUACCUACGGAAGUAGUGAUGAGGCUUUAUUAAAAAUUCGAUAUUUAGUCCUUCUGAUUAUUUCAGGUUUAUCAAAUAAGCUAGCAAACUUGCCAUGUUUAGUUUUUUUUAUAUAUUUUUUUCAUUUUCACAUUAUUUAGAAAUCAGGAGAGUGCUUGAUUCUAAAUGAUCUUGGAACAUAUACAUUGCUAGAUCCUUAAAAUCAUCUUAUUGUUUCCCCAUGAGUAGUUCAUAAGAAAGCCAUAUAGUUCUGUAUCUAUUCAUAUUGUAUGACUUAACUAUCAGGCAUGUUGUAGCCUUUUGAACAAAACAUUUUAAAUUGGGUUGCAUAGAAGAGUGAAAUCUUAUACUAAGAAAUAUUAAUUUCCCU